GACUCAAGGUCAGGUGUCAAAGGCAAGUCAUAAAAGAAGCGUUAUAACAAAUACUAACGUUUAUUUUGAAUAUCUUAAACCCUUGACUUUCUUAAAUCUUUUAUAUGUUGAUAUGAUAGUUUUAAAUUUAUUAACUCAGCACCGUCUAGUUCCUUCAAAUACGUUUGGCAAAAGUACUGGUAACGAUACUUUCAAGGCAUUAUAUGGGCCACCAACAACUUUGAAUGAAAUUUAA